CGGGGCCGCGCGGGCCCGGGGUGCCUCCCCCCGGCGCUUCCUCCGCGGCGGGCCGGCGGGCGGCAUGGCGGGCGCGCUCGCGGCCGGGGCGGGCGCGCUGCUGGCGCUGCUGGCGCUGCGGGCGCUCGGGGCGGCGGGGCACCCCCAGUGCCUGGACUUCAGGCCGCCCUUCCGGCCGCCGCAGCCGCUGCGCUUCUGCUCGCAGUACUCGGCCUUCGGCUGCUGCGCGGCGGAGCAGGACGAGGAGCUGGCCCGCCGCUUCGGGGCCCUGGCCGCGCGCGUGGACGCCGCCCUGUGGGCCGCGUGCGCCGGCUACGCGCUCGACCUGCUGUGCCAGGAGUGCUCCCCAUAUGCGGCCCACCUGUAUGAUGCGGAGGACCCCGCCACACCGCUGCGCACGCUGCCCGGGCUCUGCGAGGACUACUGCCGGGACAUGUGGGACUCGUGCCGGGGCCUGUUCCGACACCUCUCCCCUGACCCCGAGCUCCAGGCCCUGGAGGGCCACCGAGCCAAGUUCUGCCGCCACCUGUCGCUGGACGACGUGGACUACUGCUUCCCGCACCUGCUGGUCAACCAGAACCUCAACUCUAACCUGGGCCGCGUGGUGGCUGAUGCCAAGGGCUGCCUGCAGCUGUGCCUGGAGGAGGUGGCUAAUGGGCUGCGCAACCCGGUGGCCAUGGUCCACGCCCACGACGGCACUCACCGCUUCUUCGUGGCCGAGCAGGUGGGGCUGGUGUGGGCCUACCUGUCCGACCGCUCGCGGCUGGAGAAGCCCUUCCUGAACAUCAGCAAGGCUGUGCUCACCUCCCCUUGGGAAGGCGACGAGCGGGGCUUCCUGGGCCUGGCCUUCCACCCCAGCUUCCGGCACAACGGCAAGCUCUAUGUCUACUACUCGGUGGGCGUGGAUUUCAACGAGUGGAUCCGCAUCAGCGAGUUCAAGGUCUCUGAGGACGACGUGAACACCGUGGACCACAGCUCUGAGAGGAUAAUCCUGGAGAUUGAAGAACCAGCCUCGAACCACAAUGGGGGCCAGCUGCUCUUCGGGGACGACGGGUACCUCUACAUCUUUACCGGGGAUGGCGGCAUGGCCGGAGACCCCUUCGGGAAGUUUGGAAAUGCCCAAAACAAGUCGGCGCUGCUGGGCAAGGUGCUGCGCGUGGACGUGGCCCGCAACGAGCGCGGCCCGCCCUACCGCAUCCCGCCCGACAACCCGUUCGCGGGCGACCCCGCCGCGCGGCCCGAGGUGUACGCGCUGGGCGUGCGCAACAUGUGGCGCUGCUCCUUCGACCGCGGGGACCCCGCCUCCGGCGCGGGCCGCGGGCGCCUCUUCUGCGGCGACGUGGGGCAGAACAAGUUCGAGGAGGUGGACAUCGUGGAGCGCGGCCGCAACUACGGCUGGCGCGCCCGGGAGGGCUUCGAGUGCUACGACCGCAAGCUGUGCGCCAACGCCUCCCUAGAUGAUGUGCUGCCCAUUUUCGCCUACCCGCACAAGCUGGGGAAGUCGGUCACAGGGGGCUAUGUGUACCGGGGCUGCGAGUACCCCAACCUGAACGGCCUCUACAUUUUCGGGGAUUUCAUGAGCGGGCGUCUGAUGUCCCUCCGAGAGAACCCGGAGACGGGCCAGUGGCGCUACAACGAGAUCUGCAUGGGCCGUGGCCAGACGUGCUCAUUCCCGGGGCUGAUCAACAACUACCACCCGCAUGUCAUCUCCUUCGGGGAGGAUGAGGCCGGGGAGCUGUACUUCCUGUCGACAGGCGUGCCCAGCGCCACAGCCGCACGCGGGGUCGUCUACAAAGUCAUUGACCCGUCCAGGCGGGCGCCCCCUGGCAAGUGUCGGAUCCAGCCCCCACCGGUGAAGGUGAGGAGCCGCCUCAUCCCCUUCGUGCCCAAAGAAAAAUUCAUCUGGAGGCCGGAGAGCACCCCGCCGCCCACAGCGCGAGCGCCCACCAAGGCGCCCCGGCGCAGCCGCCCCACGGCCGCACGGCCCGGGCCCACCCGGCCCGGGCCCACCCGGCGGCCAGCGCGGCCCAGCCGGAGGCCCGGGACCCAGAAAGGCGGGGGUCGCCGGCGGGGGCGGCCGGGCGCCGGGGACCCUGCGCCCUCCAACGGCGCGGUGCGGCUGGUGCGGCCCUCGGGGCUGAGCGCCGGGCAGGGGCGCGUGGAGGUGUUCGCCGGCGGCCGCUGGGGCACCGUGUGCGACGACGCCUGGGACGCCAAGGCCGCCGCCGUGGUGUGCCGCCAGCUGGGCUUCGCGCACGCCGUGCGGGCGGCCAAGCGGGCCGAGUUCGGCGAGGGCCGCGCGCUGCCCAUCCUGCUGGACGACGUGCGCUGCGCGGGCUCGGAGCGCAGCCUGCUGGAGUGCGCGCACGCGGGCGUGGGCCGGCACAACUGCGGCCACCAGGAGGACGCGGGCGUCGUGUGCAGCCACGUGGACCCCGACCUGUAGGCUGCCCCCCAUCUGCCCUGGGCACACCUGGUCUGCCGGCGGCGGGCCCCGGGAGGUGCGCAGGGGCGCGCGCUUCCUCCCUAUCCCUGCCCGACGGGGCGCUGCGGGUCAGAAGCCACAGCAUGAGUUGGGGUCUGAUGGGGUGCCUGUGGCUCUGGACCCCAAGUAUUCUUUUCUUACCUCCCAGCAUCUCCAGCAGGAGUAGGAGUAAGGGCAGAACCUGAACACUGAGGGCAGCCCCCUUCACGGACAGACAGGGCCUGGCUGCAUUACCAGAGACACAGCCAGUGGGCUGAGGGAGGGGACAGCUAUGUUCUGCCCUCACUGGAGUGGAGGGCCCCCAUCAUCUGGGCCAGAGGGCAAAGGAAAGUUGUCUGACAGGCGGGCCCAGGGUGGCCUGUGGCCUUGGUGCCCAGCAAGGGUCAGGCUGCCUGGAAGGAAGCAACCGCUGGCUUGGGCUGGCUGGGGGACAGCUGGCCUGUGGAAGACACUCCAGAACAUUUUGGACCUCAUCACCAUGCUGGGCCCUUGUCCUGCUCUGGGGAGAGUGCUGGCUCCCAGCCCUGAGGCUUGACUCUCCCCUGCUCCUGGAACAGGAGCAGAGCCCUCCCCAAGUGCCCCUCGAGCCACCAGCCCCAGGGUGUGGGGGCCCCACUGCCAUCUCCAAACCAGCCCCUGCUCAGUGAAAUCCAGGGGACCCUCUGAUCCCUCCUGGGGCGCACCAGCUGAGGGUCCAUUGAGACUACUGAGGCUCUGGCUCCAGGGCUGUGCCAACAGCAUGACUGUUUCCAACCUCCCUCCUGCCUCUUCUCUGGUUUGUACUGCCUGGGGCUGGGG